GUUUCUUCCCGUGAAUUUCACUUUCUUAAAAAUCUUGUUCCAUCGCGGGUGGACCACGUUGCUACCACUGGACCACAAUUACUUUACCCGAUCAUUAAAUUAGUCGCUUGUGCCAUUUGCCUUCCCAGGUAAGCUAUGCCUGCGGUCCCCUCCAGCAAAGACAGCGGUGUCCUGGGCCCUAACGUGCCAGCAUGCCCGCAAGCUGCGAGUCUACGUGUCGGCGUCUCUUCCCCCAAAGGGUGCAGUAGAGACAACCUGGAGGUGGUGGACGUGGAAGGAACCAUUCAGUCGGUGGGGGAGAGAAAGUGGAUCCGUCCCGACCUGCCCAGCCGAUGCACCUGGAGAUUAGGGGGCAACCCCACCGACUCCCCACACACCCAUCCUAAACAAACCAAAGCCCCUAAUAUACUGCCCAACAUCCUCCAGAGGAUCGGCGACACACCGAUGGUGCGCAUGAACAAGAUCCCUAAGACCUUUGGUCUAAAGUGUGAAAUUUUGGCCAAGUGUGAGUACUUCAACGCGGGCGGCAGUGUGAAGGAUCGGAUCAGCCUGCGCAUGGUGGAGGACGCAGAGAGGGCGGGGCAUCUUAAACCAGGAGACACAAUCAUCGAGCCCACCUCCGGCAAUACUGGCAUCGGUCUUGCCCUGGCUGCUGCGGUGAAAGGUUACCGCUGUAUCAUCGUCAUGCCCGAGAAGAUGAGUCUCGAGAAGGUGGACGUUCUGAGGGCCCUGGGUGCCGAGAUCGUCCGUACGCCCACCAGUGCUCGCUUUGAUUCGCCCGAGUCUCACGUGGGUGUGGCCUGGCGCCUUAAGAACGAGAUCCCCAACUCUCAUAUCCUGGAUCAGUACCGUAACCCAAGCAACCCCCUGGCCCACUACGAUACAACGGCGGAGGAGAUCUUGGAGCAGUGUGACGGUAAAGUGGACAUGCUAGUGGCAGGCGCUGGCACAGGCGGCACCAUCACUGGUGUUGCCCGCAAACUGAAGGAGAGGUGCCCCAACAUCAAGAUCAUUGGUGUGGACCCUGAGGGCUCCAUCCUGGCUAAGCCAGAGGAGCUUAACAAGACCGACAAGACCCAAUACGAGGUGGAGGGGAUCGGAUACGACUUCAUUCCCACGGUGCUGGACAGAUCAGUUGUGGAUACCUGGUACAAGUCCAAUGAUGAGGAGUCUUUCAGCAUGUCUCGUAUGCUCAUCAGAGACGAGGGACUGCUGUGCGGUGGCAGCUCUGGUACUGCCAUGGCAGCGGCUGUGAGGAUGGCCAAGGAGCUGAAGGAAGGUCAGCGUUGUGUAGUCAUCCUGCCGGACUCCAUCCGGAACUACAUGACCAAGUUCCUGAGUGACAAGUGGAUGUUCCAGAAAGGCUUCCUGAAGGAGUCUGACAUCAUGGUGAACAAACCAUGGUGGUGGAACCUGAAGCUACAAGGGUUAAACCUGUCCGCUCCUCUGACUGUCCUGCCCACGGUUACCUGUCAGAAGACCAUCAAGAUCCUAAAAGAGAAAGGCUUUGACCAGGCCCCCGUUGUCAACGAGGCUGGGCUGAUUCUAGGGAUGGUCACUCUGGGGAACAUGCUCGCGUCUGUGCUGGCUGGGAAGGUCAAACCUUCAGACCCAGUUAACAAGGUGCUCUACAAGCAGUUCAGACAGAUCCGUCUGACUGACAACCUGGGGAAGCUCUCUCGCAUCCUGGAGACAGACCACUUUGCCCUGGUGGUACAUGAACAGAUCCAAUACCUGACGGACGGCUCCCACAGCCUAAAGCAGAUGGUGUUUGGAGUGGUGACGGCCAUCGACCUGCUCAACUUUGUCACGGUCAGGGAGAAGAGGGAGCGAAGCAUCUCCGAGUGCAGUGACCUGUGACCUUGUCCCAAGUGACCGCCGGGUCAUUGCACACACCUUAGUUGCGCACACCCACUUCUUGUACACAAACAUCUUGCAUGCACGCAUCAUGUAGACGCAGGUGAAAUAUUAAUUUGCAUUAAGCUUACAAGCAUACACACAGACGGAUAACUUCUAUAUGUAAAAAGUAUUAUCUGGAUUUGUGUAAUAUUAAAAUCCUUUGGGAAAACAA